ACUUAGUUGGUACUUCCAACAACAACAACAACAACAAGUUAACAAUUUGAUAUUAGUAAAUUAUAAAAAGUAAUUAUAAAAGCAUGUCGACCAAUUUAUCAACAAUUAUCAUGUUAAUAAUGGUUAUUCCUAGUAAACUAAUGUGUACACUUUUUUGGUAUUGUUUAAUUGUUUCAACCUUUUCAGCAAUUAAUGCCGCUUCAGCUUCACUUGGUUCCAAUGGUGGUGGUGGUAAAUCAAUUGACCAACUAACCGGUGAUAUAAGUAUCGGCGGAGGUUUAAGUGAAAACGGUGAAACUGAACCUGGAGGUGGAAAUGUUAAUAGUGCCGGUGGAGGUUUAAUCAGUUACAGUGUCCGUUGUCCACCCUCACAUUUAAUUAAACCUUGUGAUUGUGUUGAAAUUGAGAAAGGUUUAGAAAGUGAAUUCAAUGAGAAUGAAUCUCUUGCUUUAACCAAUGAAACCAAUGAAAGUUCAUCGUCAUCCUCAUCUAAUCAUCAGGGUGUAACCGGUGAUGAAAUAAAUGUUAAUAGUGAACCUCAUCCCGAUAUUAUUGAGACAGUUGUCUUUUGUAAACAUAUAUAUUCAAGGAAACAAUUAAUGGAGAGUAUGAAAGCAUUUAAACGCCAUAGAAUUAAUUAUCUUGUUAUUGAUUCUUGUUCCAUUCCUCCAUUUCCAACCAAUAUCUUCAAUCAGAUCAACAUUUUAUGGAUGGAAGUGUUAAAUUCAACGAUCCAAUUUCGAGAAAAUUUCUUCGAGUGUGGUGCUGCCUGCCUAUGAACAAUCAAAUCAACAAUUCGAACAUCGAACUUAAUUUUUAUCGAACUUUUUUUUUCUAAUUUAUUUGAUUAAAAUCUUAUAUUCUAAACAAAAAGAACUUUUUUUUUCUAAAAAGAAAAACUUUAAUUAUGAUUAACUAAUUUCUCUCUCUUUCUCUCAUUCACUUUGCUGACAUUUGUACAACUAUUUUUCGUUUUUUUUUCUUAAUCAUCAAACAACAAUUAAAAUGAUUAUAACAAUUUAUA